GGUAGUUUUAGUGUAACCUGUCAAAAACUAUAAAAUGAACUAUAGGAGAUUAUUUUCCUCAUAAUGUCGGAAGUUGGUUGCUUCUAGAUCACCCUGUAUAUGCAAGUCAGCAGAAUGUCAACAAAAUCGUGGUAAACCUAAUGUAAACCACGACAGCGCAUGCCAAGCAGUCACUACCGUUCCGAGUAGAGCAAAUCUAAAUAAAGCCGAAUAUGUUACUAUCUAGGAGAUUUUCUUCCAUAAGGAGCAUACAAAAGCUGAUGACAAAUGGAACCCCGAAAAAUAAUUCAAGACAGAGUCACCAUUGGAACUACAGAAAGGGAGCUCCACCUGCGUCAGAAAACCUCAUCAUGAUUGCUGCAGUUGUACAAGGGAUUGCUUGGUGGUGGAUGUUGUGGCAUCUGUGGACUGAACCUGGUCAUGUGUUUGGACAGUUUGACUAUCCAGAUCCAAGUAAAUGGACAGAUAAAGAACUUGGAAUAUCACCUGGGAGAAUUAAAUAUGAUUAAACAACCAUACUUCAGGGAAGUCAAAUGCAUUUCAAUGUUAGAUAUUAUGUUCUACACCUAUACAUCGUAAAGAGAUUGUUUUCUACAUUAAAAAGCGUGUAACUUCGACUAAAGACUAUAAAUUACGUUUUAAAAUUUGCCAUUUGUCAUAAGUUCUGUCUGACCUGUGACUCGUUUUCCCGAUCGUGGUCAAUAAAGAAUCUAUAGAUGUUAAA